AUGGUAUCCCUCUGGCCCUUUAAGGGAGAGGACAACUCUCCGGCGUCUUUUGAGAAGGCUCUUUCCACCCUUUCAACCAAGAUCGUCCAGACGACCUCUCGGUUAGAGGCCCACCGUCAACAUGCCCGUCGCUUCAAAGCUCUCUGGACCCUGUACACCACCUUCGCAUACCUGCUGUACUCGAUCAUCUUGGCCCUCGUCUUAGGAUGGGAGAAUUGGGGCGCGAAGGAAUACUUUGCGGUAGUUGGCGGUCCCAUCCUGAUCUACGUCGUUCGGGCAGCAGCCGGCAAGUAUUUCGACUACCGCAUUGGCAAAUCGCAACGGUAUCUGGACGACCUCCACAGGCAGCGCGAUGAAACCAUUGAGAAGCUCAAGGUUGCCACAAAAUAUAAUUCGACUCAACAGCUGUUGGAAAAAUAUGCGGGGGAGUCGCCCAAGCAACAACCACGUACCAGAUCUGGCGAUGAAAAACGCAAGUCCGAGUCCAAACGCAAACCUUCGAAUCCUCAGCCCCCUAUCCAACGAACCGGCCUCGCUCCUCCACCAACUGCAAAUAUUCAAACGCCAUGCCCCGUUCAGCCGCCUCCAACCGCUCCCUUGCCAGACCUAUAUCCACCUUCGUCCCCGUAUGCCUCCCCGCAAAGAGCCUCAGAUACUCUAUCGCCUCCUCCUGCGGUUGACGAGCCUGGGUUCGCCCCCAACGCUUUCCCCAGUGCACCCCAAUAUGUCGAACAUUCCCACUGGUAUGAUCGCCUGUUAGACGUUCUCUUGGGAGAAGAUGAGACCCAGCCAAAAAACAGGAUGGCAUUAAUCUGCACCUCCUGUCGACUUGUGAAUGGCCAGGCGCCGCCAGGCAUCAAGACUCUGGAAGAACUUGGUCGCUGGCGGUGUGGUAGCUGCGGGGCCUGGAAUGGAGAGGAGAGUGAGACAAAGAAAGUCCUAGCUGGCAUUCGGAGCACGCCGCGGCAGUCAGCCGAGGGAUGGGAGCCUGUCUCUGGGACUGACUCCGAGAAUCAUUCGUCUGCUGAUGACGUGACCGAUGAUGGUGUUAUGGUUGCAGCUAGUGAAUAUGCCCAGAAGGAACCACGGAGCUCAGAUGCCGAUAGUCGAGACGAAGAGGAGCCGCAAACGAAGGAGGUAGAAGAACCGCAACCUGAAGCAGAGCGUAAGGGAAAAGCGACUCGUGGACGACCCAAAGGUGGUAGGAAGAAGAAGUAG